AUGGAUCUCUCCAAGCUCACCAAAAAGACCCUCGCAGGCUCCCGGGGCUUCACGUACACAUACUACGUUGCUCCUGCUCGCAAUUCCAAGCCAUCAAACCUCCUCUUGCACGGCUGGCCCGACUCAGCACAGCUCUGGUCCGGCUUCAUUAAUGACUAUCUUCUUCCAAACGGCUACGGCAUAGUAGCCCCAGACCUCCUAGGCUUCGGCGAAACUUCCAAGCCCACCGACCCGAAAUGCUACUCAUGGCGGGACCUGACAGCAGAUCUCAUCGAGAUCCUGGAUGCAGAGCAAUUGCCUCUCGUAAUCGCUGCCGGUCACGACUGGGGUAGCGUUUUGAGCGCGCGCCUGUAUAAUUUCUACUCGACUCGCGUCUUGGGUCUGAUCACGAUUAGUAUUGCCUACUUGCCACCGAUUGGAAAAUUCAGCCUAGACGGCAUGAAUGCAAUGACGCGCCAACAAUGCGGCUACGGACUCUUGGAAUACUGGCACUUUUUCGCCGCGGAUGACGGCAUUAAGAUCAUGAGUGAGAAUCUGGAAUCGGUGUAUUGCAUGGCGUUUGGCGACCCAAGCACCUGGCUCGAGACAAUGGUCGUGCCGGACGGGGCUCGUAAGUUCGUCAGUGAGAAGCGAAUGCAGCCUGUGCUACCUUAUGCGACGGCAGAGCAUAAAAAGGACUUUUUUGAUCGACUGGGUAAGGAUGGGGGAUUUGCGGCUCCGAAUUGUUAUUACAAGGCUUUUACUGGUGGUGUGCAGGAUGAGGCGAAUAGCUUAGUUCCUGAUGAGAACAAGGUUCUUAAAGUGCCGGUGCUGUUUUGGGGUGGGGAGGGGGAUGCUGUGGGUAGACCUGAUAGAUUGCAGCCUAUCAUUGAUGCAGGAUUUGUCCCGGAUGUAAAGAGUAUUACUCGGGAAGGAGGGCAUUGGGCAUUGCUUGAGAAGCCGGCUGUGUUUGGUGAGGAUAUUUUGACUUGGCUACAAGAGAGAUUUGAUUAG